CAGCCAUAUAGCCCAGAAAGGAGAGAGGAGGGACCUGAGUUCUAUGAGCACGGCGAUGAGGAUAGCCGGCCCACGAUGGGUACCCUCUGGUUGUGGCGCCAGAGAUCUUGGGCUCAUAUACAGACAAGACGGUCGUAUCCUGACUUCAUCAGGGAGCUUGAUCAACUACAACCUGAUGACGUUAUCUGGGAGCCAUACACAACGUCAGCAAUUACCACGUGAGCUCCACUGGGACUUUCUGCGUGGUGCGGGGCGAACCCCGGCUUGUGGCUCAUGACGGCGGGCUUGGUUUACGACACAUUUGUUGAGCCCCACUGCCCAGACCGAGUGAUGAGGCAGUUUGGUAUGCGACAGAUGUUUUCUCUACCGGUCCCACUGCACCGGGUUCCACGACAUGAGCACGGGUUGAGUAGGUUAGGACAGCCAUGCAACGACACGUGGGUCAACAAGUUGCAGCCACGGGUCGAUCUGUGGGUUAACGCGGAUGACGACGUCGUGCAGCCUACAGGACCCCACGUACCAUCGUUCUUUCAUGCUUAUCUCACAUGGUACCUUCCUCGGACUCGCCCUCGGAUCACGUUUGUUGACUCACACCCUCAGCCACACAUGGCGAGUUUGCAGGAUGGAUAUGCCUAUCACCGGGAUGAGACACUCACAGGAGUGGUUGCCCUUCGACUUAACAACGAUUGUGAGUGCGCACUGCUUAGGAUACGAGGCAACAAACUAAUGACCCAGAUGGAGCAGAGAGAGGCGUGGACCCGGGCACGAGAUGCCUCACGGUUCGUAAUCAACACCCUUGGACAACCUCCGCAGUCUGAGUCCUCAGAGGGUUCGUCACAUCCUCCGUCUUCGGUCUAUAGUAGUUGGCGUCCCCCCCUCCCCCACCUUCAGUUAUGUCGUACGCCACAGGACCCCACGUCCCUAUGGGACCUCCACCGUACUUGCCUAUGGGACAUCCACCGUAUAUGGGAACCGGGCCAUCACACACUACCGAUACCGAAUUCGUGGGAUAGUACUCCGAUGGAGAUACUACAUUCACCAUGGAGGAUCUAUGUGGAGGUGACUUCAUUGACGAUUUCGAUAUCAUUGGGGCAUCACAGUUGGGAGGGACCCGCUACAGCCAUCGUAGGACGUGCCUACAUAGACCCCCGUGGCCGGCUCACGUCCUCAGCGCACCGCAGGUUCCCCAGAUCGUUUCACCUACUUUGCGGGUCAUGUUUACGCACAUCAGCGUGGAAGAGGACCCGUACUCGUAGGGGUGGUUAGAUGUGUCCCCAUAUAUGAGUUUAGACAUAGUUGUGGUUGUCGAAUGAGUAAUGGACAUUUAAUAUGGCAUGACAGUGUUCUUUGCUACUUCUAGUUAUGUUACUUGCAUA